AAUUUUACGCGGGCUUUAGGACCGCGGGAUGAGAGGCAAAGUCUGGGCACUUCCAUCAGGAGAAGAAGAAGAAGUUGAGGGAUCGUCUUGAACCUGCUCCGUCUGUCACUAGUGUCCCAGGUCUGCUGCUCCAUGGAUGCGGGGCUACACUUCAGGAGACUAAUGUGCCAGUUGUGUCUUUUUCUACAUUUUUUGGAUAAUCCCUGUCAAAUCUCAUCACUUUGGUGAAAUUUAAUCGACUUCAAAGUUGAGUCGAAGCUCAAUAAUGGGGAAGUCAAGACGGCACCGGGUCAACUUCGUACCCCCCUCUCCUCUGCACUCAUCGGCAUGAGGCUGUGGGGCAGAGCUACAGCUGUCCGGAGGAGGAUGCUCUGCCUCUGGCUGCUGCUCCUCGGCUUCGCCCUGGUUACUCUGGCUCUCUCGGACCUCUUAAGCAACCGGCGCCGGGACCACAGUCUUCAACAACCUGGCCCUCCCCGCCGCCCCCUCCAGCGGAUUCCCAAUGCACCGGACCUGGAGGUGAUUGUGGACUCCCGGGACCCUGCAUUGGAGCUUGGUGUCGAUCUCGCCCCGCUAAAGUCUCUGCAAGAAGACCAGCUCUUAUUAGUGCCAUCGGCGCAGGGAACCAAGAACCCUUCACAGAGGAAAGGGAGCUACAAGGUGCUUCUCCCCGGAGCUAACAAGGAUCCCCGAGCGCCUGCGGCUCCGACGCACGGUGAAAUGGGGAAAGCAGCGCGGCCGUACCUGGAGGGUAUGGAGGGGGAUGUGGGGUUUUCUGCGGUGCAGAAGUACGGUUUCAACGAGGUGGUCAGCGAGAGGAUUUCACUGCAUCGCAGGCUGCCCGAGGUGCGCCAUCCCGAGUGUUUGGGGGAGCAGUACAGCGAGUCGCUGCCGUCGGCCAGUGUCGUUAUCUGUUUCCAUGACGAGGCUUGGUCCACGCUCCUGCGCACUGUGCACAGCGUGCUGGAUACUGCGCCCAAACAGUAUCUACAGGAGGUUCUGUUAGUGGACGACCUGAGCCAGCACGGUCACCUGAAGAGCGUGCUAAGUGAGUAUGUGUCUCGUCUGGACGGGGUGCGUUUGAUCCGCAGCACCAAGCGCCUGGGCGUCGGAGGGUGCCGAACUCUGGGUGCUGCCAGAGCUGCAGGAGAGGUGCUGGUGUUCAUGGACUCCCACUGUGAAUGCCAGAAGGGUUGGCUGGAACCACUGCUGGAGAGAGUGGCCCAGGAUAGGACCAGAGUGGUGUCCCCCAUAAUGGAUGUGAUAGACUGGCAGACCUUUCAGUACAAUGCCACCCAGUGGCCAGUCAGGGGAGUGUUCGACUGGAGGCUUGACUUCUCCUGGGAAUCUAACCCUCAGCUGCCAGAUAAAGACCCAGACUCAGCUGUUCGACCUGUGCAGAGCCCAGCGUUGGGAGGCGGAGUUGUGGCUGUCGACAGACAUUUCUUCCAGAGUGUGGGAGCCUACGACCCUGGGAUGGUGCUGUGGGGAGUGGAACAAAUUGAGCUGUCAAUCAGGGUGUGGUCUUGCGGGGGCACCAUGGAGGUGGUUCCUUGCUCACGUGUUGCCCACCUAGACCAUCACCAACUGCCUUACCGCUUCUCAGACCAGGAGCUGCUUCAGAGGAACAAGAUCCGGAUAGCAGACACCUGGAUGGACGCAUACAGGAAGAUCUUCUAUAGGAGAGACACACUUGCUCAUUUCAUCAGGCAGUCUGAGAGCCCUAACAUCACGGAGCGUCUGCGGCUUAAGAGGAGUCUGGGCUGUCGUAACUUUCACUGGUUCCUGACUACAGUUUAUCCACAACUUUACAUCCCCCAGGACAGACCUACGCUGUCAGGCGAGCUGUACAAUGUCGGCACUAGCAGCUGUGCGGACUACCCCCGAGGGCUGGGACUGCAGGGUGGGGCCAUGAACGCAGCGCCGUGCAGUGGGACGGGCAGCCAGCACUGCGAUCUGAACUCUGAGUUUGAAGUGCGUUGGGGUCCCAUGGGGGCUCUGUGUUUGGACGCAGGUGGCGAGAGAGUGAUCUUAUCUCCAUGCCCCACACACCGACCUACCACCAGAAGACUCCAGUGGAAGUUCAUAAAGCUGAGCGGUCAACUCGUUCACCAGCAGUCCCAGUUAUGUCUGGAGGUUGUGAAGGAAGGAGGUCUCACACAGAGCAGCCCAAGAGACGUCAACACCCGCGCAAAGACGGGAGGUCUCUUCCUGCGCCCCUGCACCCAUCACCCCAGACAACAGUGGCACUUUGAGCAACUAGUAGCUCCUAAAGGUGCCUGAUACAGAGAGCCCAGGGGGAUUCAUGUUAUUAAUGUAUAUUAUCAUAUACUAUGUGCUGUGCAUAGUGGCAUGCAGGAGUGAAAUGGUGCAGAAAAAUACAAAAACAGAUGCCUUUUUUUGCUCCAUUUGCCGCUCAGCUUUUUUGGUCCUGUUUUAAGGAUUGCAAGUACAAUUUAUUCUUAGAUAAUAAACAACAGACUAUCUAAAGUAAUACAAUACAUGAUACAAUGUUUUAUUUAAAACAGUUUAUUUAGUAAUACGUAUUGUAUUUAUGUACAUUUAAUUAUAUUCAGUGUGGAAACACGUAGAGAACAUUAUCUUAAAUGAUCUUCUUCAUUAUCUACUGACAGAAUCACAUUAAACACAGAUUCAUCUCGAUAAACUUACCUGGAUGGAAGUGAUGAAAUUAUGAGUAGUAUCAAGUACCAGAGAGGACCAAAAUUAGUCCAUGGUAUAUUUUAAUAUUAGAUAGAUUAAAAUACAGAUAGAUUUGUUCCGGACAAAGCUUUAACCCCGACACCACCAUUGCACCCUUCCUCUCUCUUUAUCCUAAAAUAGAGUUAGAAUAAAAAAACAGGGCGACUUAGAACCAAUUUUGCCCUCUGAAUAAGAAGAGAUAAGAAAAAUGGGUUAUUUUUUCUGAACAGAUCAAUUACUGGUAGGGAUCAGGUAAAACAUAUUGACAUUUGCACUGAAAAGUAACUUCCCGUAGCAUACAGACCUGCGGUUAGACAAGCUAGUUACUUUAUUCAGUUACUUUAUGAAGGACCUAAAUGUAGACUUAUUAUAGAAAAAGAUGUUUAAAAAAAUCACCUAAUAUUCAGAUGUCUACAUACCUUUGGCUUUGUAGUGUAGUUCUGGCCCUGCAGACCCAGGUCUUUUUAAUUAUUCUAUUGAUUAGACGUCAGCUCAGUGAGCUAAUCAUUCACAUUUCAACUUGUCGUAGUCGGAAAAUCACAGCUGCUACUAAUCACUAACGAUGACGCUGUUCUAUUUACGUGUCCCAGUAUAAGACAUGACAGUGUGACAGUGAGCCAGCAUGCACAAUACCAGACACUGAAGCAGCUAAUGGAAUAUAACCAUCAUUAAACAUUCACUUUUGUCGAAAUGACCUCUGUGAAAACCUCAGGUGCAACAGAUCUCAACAGGAGAGUAAGAGAGAUGCCAAUCAGGUGGUCUGAAAACACCUGUGUGAGUGAUUCAGUUCCACAAAAUGUUUCAUUCUAAAAUGUUUUAUUGUUUGGGAUCAUGAUUUACAAUGCAUAUUGACCACAAAUAUAUACUCAUACAUUAUCAGCUGCCAACAGCAGAGGGAGCCAUCUGCCUUAAAAAUCUUCUCUAAAGCCCCAACUGAUCACUUUCUUAUUGUUGUGCACAAUAUGAUUUACUUCUGAGAAUAUCCUUAAAGAUGUCCUCAUAAUAUACAUGAUUAUGCUACACGGUUGGCCUACCAUGGGACAGUAAUAUCCUGUAGUCCAUGUGACUGAGAGGAGUGGAUGCUGUCAGUGAUUAGCAUCCAGUGCUAAUGUGUUUUCGUGUCCUUGUGUCAACUGUAACUCACUGCCCAAUCAUAAGUGUGGCCGUUAUUCAAGCCACAGAGGUUAGGAUGUCAACUGGCAGGCGGCACGCUCUCCUUGUCCCCAGGCAUUGAGUGCUAAUAACCGCCUUAUACUCUGUCACGGUAAUGCUUUUCUUAACCCAUGGUGCACUUAGCCCAGUCAAGUACACAGCACCUUUAGAAUAAAAAGCAGUCAUAUGGUAUGUCUGCAGCUUCGAGGCAUAGGUCAAACACUUGGACAAAAAACAUGUUGUUGAUUAAUACAUCUUCUCUCUCAGUUACAUAACUAUAAGCUACUGAGCCUUUGGACAAGAAGGACAAACAUCUCUCUGCUUUAGAUGGACACAGAGUCAUUGUGUUGCUAUUUUCACAGUGAAAAGCAAUCCAUGUUUGCCCAGAAGACUGCAAGACAUAGUAGCCUAUACCUAUAAAGUAUAAUGAAGGAACAGAAAAGCUCUGACAGUUUAACCCUUAUGUUCUGUUUGGGGUCCAGGAGACAACUGACCUCCUGUAACAGCUCAAAACAUACAAGAUUUAUUUACGAGUAUUGCUUAUCGGCAUGUUUCAAAUGAGCUGUCGUUUGCUCAUUGGGGCCUCGAGACACUAACUCUAAAUCAUGAUUAAAUACAAUGGACUUGAAUAAUGCUCUAUAUCUGUGAUGGGAAAUGAUGCUACUUUACUUUCCAAAUCCCAAACAAAUUGUUUUUGGAUUUCUGUUAAAACUCUUUGGGGUGCAACUUCAUCAUAGGUAACUUCACAAAGAAGUUAAAGAUUAUAUUCUUUCUUUGCUUGUGAAUGACAUUUUGUAAAAUUAAAGAAAUAUAUACUUGUUCAUGCGCUUACUAACAUUUUAAACAACAUUUCUGUAUUUCGUCGGAUAUGCAAGCUCAGUUUCUGACAAAGGAACGGGCUAUACCGCUUCAGUAUAUUUCUGAAUUAUGGGGUUUAAUACGGUCAGAAUAAAAGAAAAAAGUAUUUGCAGAGAGUAGAUUAGCCCACAAUUCAUGCAUCUAACCUGUCAUGGAGUCAGCACCCAAUGCCACACAUACAAUAACAAAGGACCUGUGAAAACAAAAGAGAAGUGAAAGAGAAAAAGGACCUGAGACAUGUCGCAUUCUCACAAGCACACACAUCUUCUGAUGGGCCAGUGAGACUCAGAUGGAUGUCAGCUGCUGUGGUGCAUGGAGCCGUGGCCUCCUUAUGAAGAUCCAUGGGGCUAUUUCACUCAGGACGGGGCUGGCUGUACUUACUGUGCGUGCCUUUAAGAGCCUUGGGUGUUCUUUACACAGACACUGUUGUUUUCAUUCAUUUGUUAUGUCCUUGUUGUGCAAUUAGGUCUAUGCGGAUGGGCCUCAGGAGCCGCGGCUGACACUGAGUAAAGAUUAAGUGCAUUAAAAUGUGACAUAAACUUGGCUUGCAGCAGCAAUUAAGGUCAGGGACAAAAACGGCUUCUGAAUGUCUCAUUUAGAAAGUUCCUGGUGACACAAACACUUUAUAAGGGCACCCUUUAAAUUGUGAAUCAGUGUUUCAAUGACACCUGUAUUUGUGCAAAGCAUCAAUAAACACAUUUGGAAUUGCUGUAAGGAGAAAAUAAUAGCAGCAGUCAUUCUUAUUUUCCACCUUAUAUGCUGGGUGGUGUGGCUCAAAUAUUAAGGGUGUGAAACAGGGUGGUGAGAGUACGAUUUAGUUAUUUGAAUUUGAUCAUUAAGUUGAAAAACAAUGGUGGUGAAAUUAAGAAUGAAUAAGAUUGCUCUUAAAUUCUAACUAGAUUAGAUACAGAUUGAUGAUGUUUCUAUUAAGACAAAUUGAAUUAAAAGAAAAAAGAAAUAAUUGUUUUUUGAAUACUAGUCAUCUGAUUCUGAGAGUUGAUAAUCCGUCGAUAGUCAUCCUGCAAAAACACACCGCUGUACAACAGAAUGGAAAGGUACCUCAUCUACGUCUGUCUGUGUUAAAUGAGUACAAUCCUGCCAGGUGUUUGAAUACAGAGGACUGCUUUCUAUCUUCUUCUAUAAAUGAGUGGGCAUUUUAGUCUAGACUUUUAGAAAGGGACCCUUACAUCACUGCUACAUCUAACACAAC